GCUAAUUGGUCCAUCUCAGCCAAUAGUGGCAAUGCUUGGUGAUGAUGUCAUCUUGCCUAGCCACCUGGAACCUGCCAUGGCUGUUGUUGGCAGGACAGUGGAGUGGACGAGACCUGACCUGAAUCCCCAGUUUGUCCAUACGUGGCGUGAAGGUCUGGAACUUCUAAUUGAUCACCACCCGUCCUACAAGGGCAGAACGUCUCUGCUCAUGGCCAAACUGAAGGACGGAGACGUUUCACUGAAACUCUCUGAAGUCAAACUCUCUGAUGAGGGAAAAUACAGAUGCUUCAUUCCUUCACUGGGUAAAGAAACUACUGUUCAGCUUAUUGUUGGUUUUGUCUCGUCUCCGUUCAUUGCGAUUAACAAAAGCAGCAGUGGAGUGGUUUUAGAGUGUGAAAGUAAAGGCUGGUACCCAGAGCCUGAGCUGUUUUGGCUGGACGCUGAGGGAAAGCUCCUCUCUGCUGGAGCUCCAGAGACAGUCAGAGGUCCUGAUGGCCUCUAUACUGUCAGCAGCAGAGUGACUGUGGAGAAGAGCCACAGCAACAGCUUCACCUGCAGGGUUCAACAGAGCAAAAUACAGCAAACCAGGCUGAUGCGGAUUCAUCUUGAAGAUGGUGUCUUCAUGGACAAAUCUAAUUGUUCUGCUGCUCAUAUCACCACUGGCUUUGCUGUUGUGUUGUUGUGUGUUGUUGUUGUUGUCUUUUCUGUUUAUUUAUGGAGAACAAACAAACUUGGCAACACAAGGAUGGGUCGACUAACGAACAUCUUCAGUAAAAAACAGACGCAGCAGAGAGAAGAGCUCAACAACUUAGGACAAGAAGGUCCAACAGAUGAAGAAAGAGAGAGACAGAAGCUCAUGGCAGAGAAGGAGGUGAAGAAAAAUGCCAAACAUGAAGAGGAGCAGAAGAAAGAGAAUGAACGGAAACAGAAGGAGGAGCUGGAGAAACAGAUCAAGCAGCUGGAAUCAGAGCUGAAGGAGGUAAAGAAAAGUGAAGAGACUGAGAGGAAGCUAAAGGAGGAUGCUGAGAAAAUGAAACACGAGUACAAAGAUCUGCUAAAAAAGAGCAACUUGGUUCUGAUGAACAGAAGGUCAGAACUUGAGAUGAAGCUUAAGAGAACCAAAGAAAAGAGCAUGAAGAGUGACAAGAAAGAAGAGAAGGUAAAGGCAGUCAUUGAGGCGCUGAAGGAGACAAAGAUGAUGAUCGAUGAGGUUCAGAAAAGGUUUUAGUCAGUCAGGGAGGGAACAGCUCUCAGACCAGAGGAGCAAACAAACAUCUCCACAACAGGAGAUGAAAAUAAUGACAUUUACAUUAAACUAAAACCAUGGACAAUCCUACCAGCAGCAUUAAACACUCAUGUUAUUAUUCUUAUUCUUACUCUUAUUUUGUUAAACCAAAUCAGUAGCUCAGUAUGUUGGUUUAAGAUUUUAAAACAGAGUAACAGAAGCUGAAUUUAUGUAAAUAAUACAAUUACAAAUAAAAAUACUAUUUCCAUACUCAGUUUUUGGUGCCAACAAUUAGUAGUUGUGAAUUUUUUUUUUUAGUUUUUAUCAUAAGAUACAUCUGUGUACUGUAUGUAAUACUGUGACAGUUAGCUUAUGCCAUUUUCUUUGAUAAGAGCUAAAAUAUUUUUAUUACUGUUUACUUUGAGUACAGUGUGUCAUCAGGUGUGUGUGUGUGUGUGUGUGUGUGUAAAUAUUGAAGCUGCAGAAAACCCAACCCAUCCUUGCUUUAUUUUAG